AUGGGAAAUGCUAACAUGAUGAAUCUCGUGUCAUUUAUGGUUGGUCUUGGAGAAUUAUCGGCAACUACGUCAAAUAAAACAGCAUCACACAUUGCAGCAAUACUAGUACCUGUAUUAUGUCUUAUUUGUUGCUUCAACGUUCAUUUCCAAAGCAUAAUAAUCAAUAGACCACGAAAAAUCUUUUUAAUGGCCUCAUUUUGCACAAGUUUCAUUGCCAGUGUCUUUGGCAUUGUCUUCAAGUUCUUAAAGAAGGCAGUUCCUGAUUAUUUAGUUGGCAUCACAUUUUUAAUCUUUGUAAUCAUAUGUAUUGUCUACUACUUUGUUGAAAAUGGCAGUAUCAGCAAAAGCCUCAACUAUUUGGACGAAUACGAAUCAGAUCCCGGCCAAUUAUCAAAUAUCAAAAAUUUAACUUUACUGUAUCACAGAAUUACUAAAGGAUUCAUGUUGUCACAUCAUUACUGUCUAUCCUAUAACAUCUUCAAAGAUUUGAUGCAGAUUCAUCCAAAUAAUAAUCAAUUAAUCACUUUGUACGCCAAACUACUUGUUAUUUAUCCAGAAGAGUUCAACCAACUUAGUUGGAUCUACCAUCACAUUAAAAUAGCCGAGAAACGUACAAAUGCAUCAUUUUUUGUUGAAUCACAGAUCCAAACCAUUUUAAUGCGAAGAGAAUCCAUUUUAUCUGUCUCAUUAAAGAAGAAACUCUCAGCAAUCUCACAGUUAACAGCAACAGCGAAACUGAGAAUGAGAAACGCUUGGGAAACAAUUUUGUCAGGAAAUUUGACAGAUUUAGAACCAUUAUUUAAUGCUGUUUAUAAAAGUAUUGGACAAUUGGAUGUCAAAUUCAUGUACAUAUUGAAUUACCACUCCAACAACCAAUACGCGAUCAUGGCAUACGCAAACUACCAAAAGGAAAUCAUGGCCAAUAUUUCGGAGUCAGAAGCCCUGAAGGAAAAAGUGAAAAAUCUUCAAAAUGGUCAUAUGGAAAAUGUUGAUCAAAUUUACAUUUUCGGACGCUAUUCAUUCCCUUAUUUACCAUUACAUCCAUUAUUUACAAACAACAAAGACAACAGGUUCUCUGUACAGAACGCAAUACAAUUAGAUGACCAAGGAUUGAUGAAUAAUGAUGGAACAGCGAUGUUAGAUUCAGAAGAAGAGACACAAAGUAGAUUAAGAAUGUCUAUUGAUAAUAUUCAUUUACCUAGUUUAAGAUGGACAAUUUUCUUACAUUUAUUAUGUGUUUUGUUAUUUGUUGGAUUGCCAACAAUAUUAGGAUUAACUUUAAUUAGUUAUGUAGAAACAAGAGUAACUAAUCCAACAACUUUAGUUUCUUCUAUAUCUGAUUUAGAACUAAAUAUUGUUGCAAUGGUUACUAAUACUGUACAUUACAUUGGAGAAUUAGCUGGAUUAUUUGAAAGUAUGUGGAUAUGCCUUAUUAUACUGAUGAUGGAUCAAUAUCUCCUUCUAUUGGAGGUAAUUGUUCUUCGCUUGCAAUUAUUGGUUAUUUCAUUGAACAAGUUUUGUAUAUUACUGAACAAAUUGGUCAAUCAAAAGUGA